AUGCUGGCGAGCGGCGGUGGUGGUGGUCGCGGGUUGUUCUGCUAUCACUGCCCGCCGAGCCUGCCGCCGCACCAGCAUCGCCUGCCUACCCUCGAGUACCCCUUCACAGCUUCACAUCCAUCUGCCCACCGCUCUGCCUCCAUAUUAAGAUUAUCUGCUGAUACUCGUCUAUCCCUUUACAUCGUCACAUUAGAUAUUAUUUCGGUGAUAAGUUCACGUAAGUUGGAAGAGUUGGAGACGGCGUUUGCGCAGACGCACUAUCCGGAUGUGUUCACGCGUGAGGAUUUAGCAUUGAAGAUCAAUCUGACUGAAGCCAGAGUGCAAGGUUCUUCUGAGUGCGGUAUGUCACGAGGUUCAGGAGAGGCGUCACCGGUGUCCGCCACCGCUGCUUCCCCACGUGCCUCCCCUCCUGUUACCCCUGGAUCACCCAGAAGGUCUGAUGCUAGUCCAUCACCAGCACCUUCAGUUGGUAGUGCAGGCUCCAGAGAAGCUGCACCUGAACAGAGGCCUGGUCAUCAUUUGUUCUCACCGUUCGACCAGUAA